GUUCCCGGGGCGGCGGCGGCGGCGGCGGCGACAUGGACGAGGCCGUGGGCGACCUGAAGCAAGCGCUGCCCAGUGUGGCAGAGGCGCCCGCGGUGCACGUGGAGGUACUGCAGCGCGGCGGCAGCACAGCGAAAAAAGAAGACAUAAAAUUGAGUGUUCAAAAGUUGCUCAACAGGCAUAAUAUUGUGUUUGGCGAUUACUCAUGGACGGAGUUUGAUGAUCCUUUUCUGACCAGAAAUGUACAGUCUGUGUCUAUUGUUGAUACAGACCUAAAGCUUAAAGACCCUCAGCCCAUCGAUUUGAGUGCCUCCACCGUGGCUCUGCACAUCUUCCAGCUGAAUGAAGAGGGCCCCAGCAGUGAGAAUCUGGAGGAGGAGACAGAAAACAUAAUUGCGGCAAAUCACUGGGUUCUGCCUGCAGCUGAGUUCCAUGGGCUUUGGGACAGCCUCGUGUAUGACGUGGAAGUCAAAGCACAUCUCCUUGACUACGUGAUGACGACCCUGCUGUUCGCAGACAAGAACGUGGACAGCAACCUCAUCACCUGGAACCGUGUGGUGCUUCUGCACGGUCCUCCGGGAACUGGGAAGACAUCCCUGUGUAAGGCCUUAGCCCAGAAGCUGACCAUCAGACUGUCCAGCAGGUACCGGUAUGGCCAGUUAGUUGAAAUAAACAGCCACAGCCUCUUUUCCAAGUGGUUUUCAGAAAGUGGCAAACUGGUGACUAGGAUGUUCCAGAAGAUUCAAGACUUGAUCGAUGACAAGGACGCGCUGGUGUUCGUGCUGAUCGAUGAGGUAGAGAGUCUCACAGCUGCUCGUAAUGCUUGCCGGUCAGGUGCAGAGCCAUCGGAUGCCAUCCGUGUGGUCAAUGCUGUCUUAACCCAAAUUGACCAGAUUAAAAGGCAUUCCAAUGUGGUAAUUCUGACUACCUCCAACAUCACGGAGAAGAUCGACGUGGCCUUCGUGGACAGAGCUGACAUCAAGCAGUAUAUUGGGCCGCCCUCAGCAGCAGCCAUCUUCAAGAUUUACCUCUCGUGUGUGGAGGAGCUGAUGAAGUGCCAGAUCAUAUACCCUCGGCAGCAGCUGCUGACCCUUCGAGAGCUGGAGAUGAUUGGCUUCGUUGAGAACAAUGUGUCCCGGCUGAGUCUCCUCCUGAGUGAAAUCUCAAGGAAGAGCGAGGGUCUCAGUGGCCGGGUCCUGAGGAAACUCCCAUUUCUGGCUCAUGCGCUCUUCGUCCAGGCCCCCACCAUCACUGUCGAGGGCUUCCUCCAGGCCCUGUCUCGGGCAGUGGACAAGCAGUUUGAAGAGAAGAAGAAGCUAUCGACCUGUGACUGACCUGGCUCCUGGUUUCCGUGGCAGACUUGCAGGCAACACCACCGGCCCCCAGCUCCAAGCUGCAGAUCCCUCGGCAGAAC